AUGGAGGUGCUGAAGACACAAAAGGACGUCCAGAGCCUCACCGGACGAGUGGCAGCCCUCACUCGUUUCAUCUCCAAAGCCACGGACAAGUGUGCACCGUUCUUCAAAGCCUUGAAAGGGGGCAAACACCAUAUAGAGUGGACUGCCGAAUGCGAUAAGGCGUUUCAAGACUUGAAGGACUAUAUGGGCAGAGCCCCGCUACUGUCUAAACCCAUUCCUGGGGAAAUUCUCUCUCUAUAUCUAUCGGUAUUCAACACUACCGUCAGCUCAGUAUUAAUACGGAUACUAGAGAAGGCAGAACUACCGAUUUUCUACGUCAGCAAAGCCCUACAAGGGGUAGAAUCUCGAUACCCCCCACUCGAGCAGCUGGCUUUGGCUCUGGUCGUUUCUGCCCGAAGGCUGGUAAAAUGGGCGAUCGAGUUGGGAGAGUUCGAUGUGCAGUUCAAACUUAGACAUGCCGAGAAAGGACAGGCCGUAGCAGACUUCAUCUCCGAACUAACGCCUUCAGAAGCGGUGGAACUUGGGAACCCCCCUCCACUGGUAAGCCUGCCGAACGGCAGCCAAUUCGACCAGUCAAUUCAUGUCUGGGUCCUGCACGUGGACGGCUCGGCAAACCAACAAGGGUGCGGAGCUGGCUUGGUACUCACCGCUCCCGAUGGAACCAAGAUGGAAUAUGCCAUCCGGUGUAGCUUCCGAACGUCCAAUAACAAAGCAGAAUACGAAGCCCUCUUAGCAAGCCUUCGGCUAGCUAAGAGCAUGGGGGCUAAGCAGGUCAGCAUCCACAGCGAUUCACAACUCAUCAUCAACCAGGUCACUGCCGAUUUCUUGGCAAAUGACGAGUCUAUGACGGCAUACUUGUCGUCGGCACAUCUACUACUUCAGCAGUUCCAGGCCUACGAAAUUCGGCAAGUUCCCAGGUCAGAGAACAGCCAUGCCGACGCAUUAGCCAGACUGGCAUCGGCUAUUAACGACAAGAUUGGCCGAAAGGUCCCCGUCGAGAUCUUAGCUCAGCCAAGCACUACGACCGUUGAUAUAUGUACCGUUCGGUAUGAGGACACCUGGAUGUCGUCGAUAUACACGUAUUUAACAAACGGUACCCUCCCGGAAGAUAAGGCACAAGCAAGGGGGCUGCGUUACCGAUCUGCAAGGUACAUUGUCAUCAAUAACAUUCUGUACAAACGCGGCUACACGACCCCCCUACAUGAAAUGCAUCACCGAAGAGCAGGGCAAGUAUGUCCUUCGGGAAAUCCACAGUGGACUCUGCGGCGAUCAUUCCGGCUCCAGAUCCCUAACCCACAAAGCCUUCCGGCAGGGCUACUAUUGGUCGUCCAUGCAUCGGGAUGCAAUUGCGAUGGUAAAGAGGUGCGACAAAUGUCAGCGGUUCGGCAAUAUUCCGCACCUACCUGCCGAACCCCUUACGCCGAUCGUAAGUCCUUGGCCAUUCACCCAGUGGGGACUUGA